UGCCCUUUCAUCAUCCCUCCCAUUUGCCAAACAUCAUCCACCUAGUUUGCUCAAACCCAAACCGCAAAGCAUUGAGGGAUGAAAGAGAGUGUUGCUGUGUUAAAUUAAACUCCAAAAAGCUCCUUUGGACAAAAGGGAUAACAACUCACUGAUGAGGGCGGCUGUGUAGAGAAAGCCAAAAGGACACGCGUGUGUUCGCAACCGGGUUUCAUCGCAUUUUUCAGACCCACUGCAAAAGGUGUGAAAUGGGGAUGCAUUGAACUAAUGACAUUUUCACCCCUUUCGACACUUUUAUUUUGAACGUUGAACUGCUUAAGCGAAAAGGAAAACUGUCGCCCAGUUUUCUGUUUCCGGUCAGGUUGACUGUUGCCGCGUCCGAAUCGCUAGGCGGUUUUUGUUUCGUCUUUCGAGUUUUGUGGGGGGGAACUCUGUCAACAAAACCUGCAUUGGCAUUUUCGUGCAGGAUAGGACCGGGAUCCGAUACGAAGGGUGCCUCUCCCGAUCGUCCUUUUCCCUCUUUCGCUCUCUUCCCAGUGUGUGUGCGUUGGUUUGCCCAUUCCUUUGUGUCAUUUGACAUUCCCCACAACGCCACUUGUUUUACGUCCUCAAGAUUUUCCUCAUGACGGAAGCAAGUCCGACGCAAGCUGAUCCACCUUCAGCGGCAGAUAUAGACUCCUCCUUUGCCUCUCUUUCGAUUACGAACGGUGAGAGAGACCCAAGUUUGGCACCUCCCGCGAAUGGAUCUCUGCGUCGCAAAAGUGCGGAAGAACGGUCGAGUCUGAAUGGAAUUGCAAAUGGCGAUGGCCAGGGGAGAAGGGCGAGUGCACCGACUGCAGAAGGAAGACGGUCUUCGAAUGGAUCGGUCCAAGGCGCAUAUGCUACGUUGCAUUCUCAAGAGCAGAUGAAUGGGUAUGCUGUUCACGGUCAUGACACAGUGGAUGCAAGAUAUAUACACCCUCCUCCACCUAGCCCUUACCCACGACCCAUGGCAUUCGACUACCGCGGAUAUCCGCCACCGGGACCGUAUGGCCAUGGGCACCCUCCCGCUCCAACGAUGGGACAUUACGGUCCACCAAUGUAUCCCACCUUUAGCCGUCCAUACCCUCUACCCCAGCGCUACGGGCCUGGCGGACCUCCUCCCCCCCACCAUCAAUAUUACCCGCGACCAAUACGUGCGCCGUUGAAUCCAUAUGGCCGGCCUCCACUCAUACCUCCAGCGAAUGGGUUCGUAGUCAAUGGGUAUCAUCCUAUGCCAAAUGGAUAUGCACCGUUCCCACCUCCUCCUCCAGAAGAGGAUAAUGGGAGCAGUCGAGGGAGUGUUCAAGAAGGGAGUGAAGGAAGUGGUGAACCGCGUUGGGAGGGGGAGAGGAGAGCGAGUGAAACGGAAUCUGUCGGGGGAGCGAGUCGAAAAUCCAGUGAAACCGGCUCAGGCAUAGAAGACCCAUCCGUAAACGAUGCUCCUAGAAAUUCCAUCAAUGGAAUGGCUACCCCUGGUCCCGACACAUCUACUCAAAGUAUCCCGCCUCCUCCACCGGGUGCUAUGCCCAUGAUGGUAGCACCGGGAAUGGGACAUGGUGGAGUCAUUCCCAUGUUUGCUCCUGGGCCAUAUCCUGUCCACCAGUCAUUUACACCCCCAAUGCGUCCACGGUCGGACCCAGAUAAUAUGUCCUUCCGAUCUAUGACGAGUGUCAAUACAACACAAACGACUCCGUCAGUGCGAAGUGCGAUUUUGUCGCAAGGCGAGUCGUUGGAAGUGUACAGGCAGACUGCUAAACGAAGCAAUGAUCCACAAGUGCAGCUGGACUUUGCAAAACAUUUGAUCGCCACCGGAGAAGGUAUAGACUUGGAUCAGGGGGAUCCAAAAAAACAAAAGAAAACCCAAGAAGCUCUGUUUCAGGAAGCAUUAAAGUGGAUUAAAAAGUUGGCAACCAACGGUGGGAUAGGGAAAUCUGCUUUUCCGGACGCACAAUUCUUCCUCGCGGAAUGUUAUGGAAAUGGGUCUCUCCAUCUCCCAGUUGACCACGAUCGCGCGUUCAGUCUCUACGUCCAAGCCUCGAAACAAGCACACCCAGCCGCCACAUACCGCACCGCCGUCUGCUACGAAGUUGGAGCCGGUACGAAACGCGAUUCCGGCCGUGCCAUGCAAUUCUAUCGGAAAGCGGCUGCACUGGGGGAUACUGCUGCCAUGUACAAGCUGGGUAUGAUUUUAAUGAACGGGCUUUUGGGACAGGGCCGAAAUCCGCGGGAAGGUGUGACUUGGUUGAAAAGGGCUGCUGCCCAGGCUGAUGAGUCGACGCCGCAUGCGCUGCAUGAGCUGGCGCUAUUGUACGAAGGGAGUGGAACGGAGAGUGCAGGGAGUGUUGUUAUUCCUGACCCAGCUCACGCCCACGAACUCUACCUCCGCGCUGCCCAACUUGGCUAUGCCCCCUCCCAGCACAAACUCGGUUACUGUUACGAAUACGGCCUUCUUAACCUUCCCGUCGACCCUCGCCGUAGUAUUGCCUGGUACACCCGCGCCGCCGAACAGCAGGAACCUGAAGCAGAACUUUCCCUCUCGGGAUGGUAUCUUACAGGAGCAGAAGGUGUUCUUCGACAAUCUGACACUGAAGCGUACCUCUGGGCACGUAAAGCCGCCGACAAGGGCCUGGCAAAAGCGGAAUAUGCUGUAGGUUAUUAUUCAGAACAUGGUGUGGGUGUUCGACCGGAUUUGGAAGAAGCGAGACGGUGGUACCUCCGUGCGGCUGCCCAAGGACAUAAACGAUCGAUACAAAAAGUCAAAGAGUUGAAGGGUGUUCUGUAUGGGGGUGCGGGAACUAGGGCUGGUAGUGAACGGGCGGGUGAGUGGAGAAAGAAGGGUGAGGCAAAGGAUGGGGACUGUGUGGUCAUGUAGUCUGUGUGUGUGUGUGUGUGGAUGGAGCAUGGUAACUUUAUGUGUAUAGUCUCAUAGGAAGGAAAUGAUGUGCAAUGAUAGGUCAUCUCAUCAUUUUUUCGUUCCUGCUCUCCCCCAGUACUUUACAAUCUGUGGAAGCAGGAACGUUUGACGUUUGAUCUUUAUGUGAAUACAAUCAACUGCAAUACUUCAUUAUUAUCUGUUAUUGAUGGC